GCAGGGUGGUGUUGGGGCCAGUGUCGGGGUCCGGUCUCUGGCCUCCAUCCCUUCUCUACCACCUGCCGUGGCUGAUUUUGUGAAGGGAGCUGUGGAUGAGUGCAAGCCCGCCAACGUCCACGUCGUAACCGGUACUCCUGAGGAAACGGCCAACAUCCUGGCCGAACUGGAAAGGGACGGCAUGGUCAAGAAGCUUCCCAAAUACGAGAACUGUUGGUUGGCCCGUACAGACCCAAAGGAUGUGGCCCGGGUGGAGAGCAAAACUGUGAUUGUAACCAAAAACCAGAGAGACACCAUCCCCAUCCCUGCUGGAGGGGUGAAGAGCCAGCUGGGCAGCUGGAUGAGUGAGUCGGACUGGCAGAAAGCCAGACAAGACCGUUUCCCAGGGUGCAUGGCUGGUCGGACCAUGUAUGUGAUUCCCUUCAGCAUGGGACCUGUUGGCUCAACACUAAGUAAAUAUGGCGUCCAGGUGACAGACUCGCCGUACGUCGUAGCCAGCAUGGGGAUCAUGACGCGCAUGGGCUCCCCUGUUCUGCAGAAACUGUACGAAGGACAAGAGUUUGUCCGCUGUCAGCACUCAUUAGGACGACCUUUCCCGCUCAAAGCUCCUCUGGUCAACUCUUGGCCUUGCAACCCAGACAAAGUCCUAAUAUCCCACCUGCCGGACACCAGGCAGAUUAUGUCCUUCGGCAGCGGUUAUGGAGGAAACUCUCUCCUUGGGAAGAAGUGCUUUGCCCUCCGCAUUGCCUCUCGCAUCGCCAAGGAUGAGGGCUGGCUGGCUGAGCAUAUGUUGAUCCUUGGAAUCACCAACCCUCAGGGCGUGAAGCGCUACGUGGCGGCGGCCUUUCCCAGCGCCUGCGGUAAAACCAACCUGGCCAUGAUGAAGCCUGCUAUCCCUGGCUGGAAGGUGGAGUGUGUUGGGGACGACAUCGCAUGGAUGAAGUUCGACAGUCAAGGCAAACUCAGGGCCAUCAACCCAGAGAACGGGUUCUUUGGAGUCGCUCCGGGCACUUCGGACAAGACCAACCCUUACGCCAUGGCCACCAUCUCCAGGAACACGGUGUUUACCAAUGUUGGCGAGACGAGCGACGGAGGAGUGUGGUGGGAGGGGCUGGAGCCCCCCGCAGCUGGGGUUACGCUCACCGACUGGCACGGCAAAACAUGGAAACCAGGAAGCUCCACACCAUGUGCCCACCCUAACUCACGCUUCUGUGCCCCGGCGGGUCAGUGCCCCAUCAUUGACCCCCAGUGGGAGAGUGAGGAAGGGGUUCCCAUCGACGCCAUCAUCUUUGGAGGCAGAAGGCCUGAAGGAGUCCCUCUGGUCUACGAGUCGUUCAACUGGCAACAUGGAGUGUUUGUUGGAGCUGCAAUGAGAUCAGAGGCCACAGCAGCUGCAGAGCAUAAAGGUAAGGUGGUCAUGCACGACCCGUUCGCCAUGCGUCCGUUCUUUGGCUACAACUUCGGCGACUACCUCGCCCAUUGGCUGAGCAUGCAGACCAGGAAGGCCCCCACCCAGCUGCCCAAGAUCUUCCACGUCAACUGGUUCAGAAAGGACCCCGCCACCGGCGCCUUCCUCUGGCCCGGGUUCGGAGAAAACGCCCGCGUGCUGGAGUGGAUCUUCAAGCGCUGCGGCAGAGAGAGGGAAGAGGAAGCGGCCAAGAAGAGCUACAUUGGCUGGUUGCCAGAAGAUGGCGCCAUCGACACCAAAGGUCUGGGCAGCAAGGUGGAUAUGGGCGCCCUGUUCGAUGUGCCCAAACCUUUCUGGCAGAAGGAGACGAAGGAGCUGAGAGCGUACUUCACUCAGCAGGUCGGUGCUGAUCUGCCUGCUCAGGUGGAGACAGAGCUGAAGGCGUUGGAGGACAGAGUCCACGCUUAGACGAGCCAGGGACAAGAAGCUAAUCCAGACGAAGAGAGGCACUCAGGAAAUGGGAUUCAUCAGGGUCAGUUAGAGUCUAUGACUGGGUUCACAGGCGCAGAGGAGAUCAUGUUAACUGAGAAAACAGCUUUUCCUGUGAUAAAUGAAGACAUGAACAAGUUUUUAGAUCAGAUGAUUGAACCUUCUCUGUGCCUGUGAACACAGUUUGUUCUCAAAAAUGCAAUAGCUACGUUUUGGACACUAUGAAUGCUGCAACAGUUGCGUAAAGGUGGCUCAGUUUGCAGUUCAACUUGUACCUACUUUCAAAAGCCACGUUCACUCUGUAGAUCUCGAUGCUCAAAUCUGAUUUUUUUCUGGAAUCAAAUCUUUUUGUUUUGUUUUUGUUUUUGCACAGCCUUUCAUUCCAUUACUCUUAAAAUGUUGCCCGUAUUUGACUUCUGUGGCGACUGUUCGCGGUUACAAAUUGACCUGCAUGUGCAAAACAACGAUAGCGUCACACAGCAAUCUUUGGUGGAGGAAACAUGAAAAAAAAAAAA